GUAGAUAUACCAGAAAUAUUUCUGCUCUUCUGCCGUUAUGCUGCGUCGUCGGUGGCCGAGUCCCGAGUCCUGAGUCCUAAGUCCUGGCUCCUGAUAGCUGCUGGCUGAUAGCUGAGUGCAGUGUCGAGUGUUUGUGUUGAAUUAAAUCUACAUUUUAAGGACACACGGUGAGCUGUCCAAAAAAACCAUGAGCUACGGUCGGGCCUAGAACUUGGAGCCCCAUCAAUUGUGGAACCUUUCUGAAUCCGAUUUGGAAACGGCAAGCUGCAACUUAUCCACUGAGCCACACAGAGCCGCAAGAGCAUAGAGCAGGAUGUUGAUCCGCUGGAAGAGCAAAGACAAGAGCGCCUCCUCUAACCAGAGCGCCUGCGGCAGCAGCAGCUCCUCCUCAAAGAAGAAGCGCAAGGGAAGGGAAGGCGAAGAAGACUGGCAGAAUGAAGCGAAAUCGGGACGACUUCCGCCAAACGAACAGGGUGGCGACGAACGACGACGAGCCAUGCGUCGCGAUGAUCCACGACGGCACACGCUCGGCGGCGACAUGUUGGUCUACGGCGGCUCCCAGCAUCCCCAUGCUCAUCAGAUGGCGCCCCAGCAGCAGCGCGCCAUGGAUCUGGAGAUGAGCACGCGCGCCCAAAAGAACAAGAAGAACCAGCCGAUGCGGGGCUAUGCACCCGUUAAUCAGGGGCCUCUGUUCGACGACGAUCCGGGCAUCAUGUCGGAGGUGGAAACGGCCAGCACCGGUUUCCGGAGGGGCGGCAAGCAGCGCUCCUCGCUCCCCGUGGUACGCACGCCCUCCAAAACACUGGAGCGCCCGCUGGGCCUGGUCUUUCUGCAGUACCGCUCGGAGACGAAGCGCGCCCUGCUGCCCAACGAGAUCACCUCGAUCGACACGGUACGCGCCCUGUUCGUGCGCUCGUUCCCGCGCCAGCUGACAAUGUCGUAUUUGGAGGGGCCGAAUGUAAAGAUCUACAUCCAUGAUGCCAGCAAGGACAUGUUCUAUGAGCUGGAGGAUGUACGCUCGCAUCUUCGCGAGAUACGUGAUCGCUCCGUGCUGCGCCUAUUCGAGUCCACCGAGGUGGCGGCCCCGCCCCAGAUCCUGCCCGGCGGCCCGGGCAUACCCCAGCCCCUGCCCCCGGCGCAGGCCAACUGGGACCAGGAUCAGAGCUACUUCAGCGAGCCGGAGUUCGAUUCGGAUUACAAGCACCAGCACAUUCACAAGUCAAAGAUUGGGAAACAACCGGCACCCUACUACGUGGGCUCGUCGCAGACAUUGCCCCGCGGCAUGUACUCAUCAGAACGCAACAAGGUGUCGAUGGGAGCACCUGUGAAACCACUCAGAUCACUCAAUUCAAGGGGUAGCAUGGAACCCCUGUUUCCCUACACCCCGGAUCAGUUAUACAGCAUUCCAGACGGAUACACCAGUUCGCCGGAGCGCAGCAGCCGUGGGAACUAUGAGGAGCCGUAUUACAGUCAAUACGGCACAAGGGGCACUGUGGUGGCGCCUAUUAUCGACGAGGAGCAGAGUGACGGAACCAUGACCGAGGAUCAGUACGCACUGUACGGCAUCAAGGUGGGACCCAAUCGUCUAACGCAUCGCGGCAACCAGAUAUACGAUCCAACUAGGCCAGAGGAUUUGCAUCGGAUUCGCGUGGAGCACAUGGAACGACAGCUGGCCAACCUGACGGGCCUGGUGCAGAAGGCUCUGGUCAACCAGAAUCCACAGAUUGCCCCGCUGGCUGUGCCCACAUUGGAUUCCAACUACCUGGUCGUGCCGUCACAGAUGCAAGCCAACGGCUCCGGGGACGAGCUGUACAUUCGGGAGAAAGCUCCCAAGUUGGGCAAAAACUCGUGCCAAAAAUCCGUGUCCUUUGAGAAGUCCGUAUCGUUUAGCGAUGAUAUACAGGGAAUACCAAAGUCUCACAAUCCUCUACAUGCCGCUGACACAAAGCCAACCAAGCCGGCAAUCAAGUCGUCCACCCUACCACGCACCUCGUCACAAGAGCGCGACCGCCUAAAGCCUCCGCCGCCGCCCAAACCGAUCGUGUUGGCCCAGACCGCCCAUCCCAGCUACCGAGCGGACAUCGCACUGGCCCCCGAGGUGUACAACCAUCUGCGCGGUCUGCAGAAGAAGGCCAAGGACCUGCGCAUGGAGGUCCGCACCCUGAGGCGCCUCUCCCAGGCCCAGGCCGUCGCCGUGCGCGAGGACAUCAAGGGCACGUUUAUGCGCAUUCGCGCCACCCUGCUGGCGAGCAGCGGCAGCUUUUGGGAUCACCAGGGCGACCAGGAUGCCACUCGCAUUUCGCGCGAGGAGGAGCUGUACAAGCAGGAGGUAAUCCGACUGGAGAAGGACCUCAGCGACCUGGAGGGAUCGGUGGAGAAUUUGCGCGGUGAGGUAAUCAAUCGUCGCACUCGCGUCAACAUGACCGCCGUGGAGGACAUGGCCUUGGUGCUAAGUCGGGCUAGCAAAACUGUAGCCGAGCUGAAGCUCAAGUUCCCGGCCCUUUCGAAUGGCUUGCGCUGCAUCCUGUCCAACGAGAUGGAGAAGGUGGUGCGAGAAGAAAAGUUCCUUAAAGAAGAGCCCGAUCGCUUGGAGUCGGCGCUGCGUCGCUGCAAGAAACUAACUGGCACCCUGGUGACGCUCAAACGUUUGGCCAGCGUGCAGGAGCAACGGCUGCCGCCCAAUGAGCCAACUAUUAGUGAGGAGCCGCCGCGAUCGGCGGACAUCUCGGCGCCGGACAAGCCAAUCCCAACACCCAGGAUGGGGUCGUUCGCUCUCAGCGGGGGACUCGCACCCGAAAACGCACUCGAUGCUCUGCUAGAUGAGCUCAAGACAUUCUCCAAGCCCAUUGCCCAACAACAGCAACAGCAACAACAGCAGCAGCAGCAGCAGCAGCAACAACAGCAGCAGCAACACCAGCAACUAUACGAGAUUCGCCCUGAAGAUUCGGCAUCCGAUGAAAGCGCACAGGCCGCAGUACAAAGCACCGUCACCACGCAAAUAUCGCAGGCCCGUCUCUAUACGGAGGCGAGCGUCAAUAUGCAGCAGGCGACCACCGGCAGCAUGGUCAUCGCUGUCGCCUCGGGCAGUAUGCCAGCUCAAGCUCAGGUUCAGGCUCAGGCUCAGGUUCAGCGCGGAGUGCUCACCCACCAGCAAUCGCAAUCGCAGCCUUCCCAGGCACAGCUAAUGGUGCACACCAACAUGGGCAGCCUGCGCCGUCUGCACUCCUAUCCCAGUGAGUCGGAUGGCGAACUGCCUCCUGGGCCGCCGCCACCGACUGGUCCGCGGGCCAGCGAGAGUACAAUGGCCAACGGCGGCAGCAGCAGCAGCAGCAGCAAGCCACCCGUGCCCGAGCGAAACGCUGAAUUGAUCACCAAGGUGGGCCAUAAGCGCAUCCCGCCACCUCCGCCGCCACGCACCAGCUCACGCAGUCCACUGGCCAGUCCAACCAGCCCGAAUGUGCCACAGAGCACAGUUGCCGCAGUCAAUUCGAAUGCCAUGGGAAACAGUGUCCAUCCAGUGGGUGAACCCGUCGCCGUCGUCCCCCUCGUCGUUAGUGGCGACACCUCAAGCGGGGACAACUCGAGCGGCAAUGAGUCCGGCAACGAUCAUGUCCAGCGUCAGGUGGCUCUCGAGAUGCGCCACCAGGAGCUGCUAAAGAAGCAGAAGAUGCUGCAGGAGCAGUACCAGCGGUUGCAGCAGAUGAGCAAGCUGCCCUCGGUGGAUGUGGCCUGCCCCUCCUCGUCCUCAUCGUCGCAAUCGCAGGACAUGGCCGGUGGCGGCGGCGGGAGCAGCACGCUGCUCCGGAAGCUGGGCAGCGAGACAAACAUCCAGCAGAAGAUCGCCGCAUUGAGCCUAGCCUGCGAGGCUAGUGGAGCCGCAGCUGCGGCGGCGGCGGCUGCUGCUGCGGCUACCAAUGGUGUGGUGGCCAGUGAUGCUACGAGCGGUGCGAUCGGCGGUGGUGGUGGUGUAGGUGGUGGUGGAGGAGCUGCGGGAACGGCUGGUGCGGGCGCUGCUGCUGCGAACUCCAACUCGAAUUCCCAACACCAGACAGCCAAUACGACGACCACUAAACAGCUGUACGAGACCGAGAUACUUUAACACAACUGGAAAUUGGCGUGGAACGAAGCUAAAAUUGACAUUUAAUCGGAGCGGAGCAUCUGAAAUUGCGGCCUAGACUAGUCCAAGUCGAGUUCUAGUCGAGGCCCCAUCAACACCAUCCCCAAUAUUUGCGUGGAUUACGAUUCCGAUACUGAUACCGAUUCCGACAGAACAGAACAAAAACGAUGAUUACAAAUGAAAUAUGAAUGACAAAGAUUACCUUUUCGUUUGUUAGGGUUUUUGUAUUUAUACUAUCAUCUAAUUGUCGUACAUAAAUGUGUAUUUGCACAACUCCAGUAACUCCAGCAUCCGAUGUUGUAUGUUAGGUGUUGUCUGUGAAAACGCAAAGCUAAAGAUCGGAAACGAAACUAAAACAAAAACGAAAACAUACAUAUAUCGAAUCGAGUUGAGUCGAGUCACAAAUCAAAAACCGUAUGUCUAAUGCGUAAUCACCAUUUGUGCACCCUCCAUAACAAAAAAAAAAAAAAAAUAUGAAACGGGCAUAGGAAAUGUUGUAUAGCAUACCACAUAUACCAUAUACCAUACACCCUAUGCACCAGCGUAAAAAGCCCCAGAUGAAUGUAUUUAUGUAUGUAUUCGCUUACAUUGAUGUACUUGUUGCAUGUUGUGUUUUUGUUGUUGUUUCGAUGAAAUUAUAGGUCAUAUAGGUCAAGAGCAGCAGGAGGGGAAGGGAUCAGAGCCCGAGCAUAUUGCAAGACUCCGGCUGCAACACCAUAAGACCCAGCACUAAGCCUAGAUAUAUCCAUGCAAUGUGGAUGAUGUGUCAAUGCCCCAGCAGCGCCCCUUGACCCCGUAUCCCAAAUCAAAAAUCCAGGAUCCCGGAACCAGGACCUGGCCAGAACCCAACCCAACCAACCAACCAACCAACCAACCACACGUAGAACAACCAACACACACUUCUGCAUAGCAAAGCAUAUAACGCUACACCACACACUACACAGUCGUACGUACACAAGCCGAUUUACGAUUAACAAACUAUUAUGCACAUGUACAGGAUCUACGUAUGUACUAAAAAUAUGUCAUAGAUUUUUAUUAUUACCUUGGUAUGGGACGUGAGACUGAUAGUUCUAUAUAUGUAGCUCAUCAAGAUACAAUAUGAAAUACGAAAGCAAAAAGAUAUUGUACUUAUUUUUGUUAAACGAUGACUAGCUAAUUUUAUUCCCCACAAAAGGCCACGAGCACUCCCCCUUCCAUUCCUAAAAAAAAAAAAGAGACUUCGAUCUCGUUAUUCUUGAUGGGAAUUUCGGAGAGUGUAGACUUCGGACUACCGAUGGUUUUAUUGUUUACACGAUGCACCUAUCAAAUGGGUAACACAUACACAUAUACUUAGCUCUAUAUGCAUUCAACGCUAGACGCAACAUCGAACAGUGGUCGGUGGUCGAGAACCCAGAACCCAGGUCCCCAUAGACCCCAAAACCAUAUCCAUUGUAGGUAGGUCACGAUCACGGGCAUUGCCCAAAAAAUCUGUGACAGAUGGACAGGUUUUCUUUCCUCCCUACUCUAUUAGGCUUUCGGGUAUUUUGUGGACGAAAUCUCUUGACUGCAUUGUUUUUAGCAAAUCCCAAUAACCCAAAGUUAACCGAGAAUCGGUACAUCAGCAAUGCUAUAUCCCUACAAUAUAAGUAUGUACAUAUAUGUAUUCCGAUGUUUCGGGGGGCAUAAUGUGGAUGUGGAUGGACAAGACAACCAGCACACUCAUGCACACACAUCGAUUUGUUAUUUUUACUGCUCGGCCAGUAUUACACUUCAGUAUUAUAGGCUAAUUUACAAUUAAAAUUUACUUGUAACACACGACUUAAACGAAAUUUGUUGCACCUCUGCCACGUUCUUAUAUCAAUUAAACACUCACAACACCCGUAUUCCUUGAAUUGUUCAAUUUUCGAAGUCUAAGUGAGAUCUCCUCGGUGGGGAGCUGCACAAGUCGAGCGUUUUAGCAUAGGAUCUCAAACACCACACGAAAAAGUAACAAUGAACAUUUUAGAGUAUAUGUAUCUGCUACUUGCUACUCACAUAUAUGUAUGUAUAAAUUCAUAGUUCUAUUAUAUGUAUAUCCAAUAGCUCAAAUACACACCCUCAAUCCACUAACCACCCACACCCCCCUCCCCCCAGAAGGUCAGGUCACUUUCUCCAGGCUUCUUCUGCUGACGAUACAUACACAUACUUUAUGGCCCCGUAUCUUCUAUAGAGAGGCCCUAUAAGUUUAGAUGCCCCCAGGUGCAAUAGACUUGACUUCAAGACUAAAAUGCCAAAAACACAUACAUAUGUAAACCCUUAGGUGCGCGCUCAAUUCAUUUACAUACAUAUACACAAAGACAAAUAUUUACCUAAGUUAGUAGAUUUGUAUUAUUUAUUUAGCGCCAUUCGACGAAUAUGUAUAACAUAUAUUUACAUGCAAAAUCACGCAACGAAUACACAUUUAAAAAAAGAACAUAUAUACAUGCAUACGAAGAUAAUAAAUAACGAACUAUGCGAAAGGCAGUGUUUAAAGGUCCCCUAAUAAUACCAACUCAAGAUAUUUAAGUAUAAAGUUAUACAAGGAAACGUGGCCAAUUCAAAAAUGGCAUGGUACACCCAAUUAUAUUCCUUAAAAAAGGCACACAACAAAUCACACUCUCAAUCACACACCAACCAAAAAAAAAAAAAACACUCGCAGACGCACUCGUCCCAUUCACCUACACCUUAUCCUAAAAGGUAUUUAGUAUCGCCAAGUAGGCGGAGACGAUCUAAAACCAGAAAUCCUGCAGGUGCAGAACUCAAUUCAGAUUUAAGCUGCAUCGAAAGAGUUAAGAAGUGCGUAUUUUUUUCUUAAUAAUAAUUAUUCUAUUUAAAUCACAACAAACCACAACAAUAAAUAUCAUUCGUAAAAUGGACUCUGAA